GCCGUGCUCCUUGGGGGCGACUCAAUGUUACGAGUUUCACUGGGACCGUCGGAAGCACCGCAAACCGCCCGUCAAUCGAUCACCCCGGCCUUUUCUGCAGGUUAUGUCGCGUGUUGUCAACCAGCCGCCCGAGCACGUUUACGCUCGUGCUCCAGCGUCGUUCGCGUUUCAUUGGCGGUCCCGGCCAGUCCUGGCGCUCGCAGCCAAUCGGCGCGCGUCGUCAUCGGCGAGAGGCGCUACUACUACAACUGCUACAACUACAAGUGCCAGAGAAUGGCCGAGGUGGACGGCGAUUGCGGGCUAAAUGAGACCACCUCCGAGCAGAAGGGCGCGUGCCGCAAAAACGGCAAGUUGUCGUUGGACGCGAAACACGCUCUGCGUAAACGACAGUCCUUCGAGUUCGCCAGAAGCGACGGGGAUAUCUACGUGAACAACAAGACUCCCUUCAAGGGACAGUUGUACAAAUGCGAGAAACUGCUCGACAAAGGCGCGUCUGAGCUGGUCGUCCACGGACUUGGUGCUGCCGUGUGCAAAGCGGCCAGCUUGGCUCUGAAAUUGAAGGAGAUCCAUCAUGACACUUUAGAUCUUGAUAUCAAAACCUCUACCGUCGCUUUAGUAGAUAAUCUGGAGGCGUUAAGCGACGACGUGGACGAUGAGAUAAUCAACAGACAGACCUCCGCUAUACAUAUACGCGUUGUCAGGAGAGUGCCGGUGGCCAAGCUGAGAUCUAAAGAAAAGUAAACUGAUAUUGAGACCUCGAAGCGAUAUAUACUCGAGUGACGAGAGAGUGCAUGAUAGAAUGAGUACAAUUAUUAGCUAAAACAUUAUUCCAAUACAGCUGGUACGAAAGUGUA